UUCCUUCUCUCUCCCAUCCUUUCAUCAUCCAUCAUCAUCUCCUUUCCACUCUUUAUUCUCUUCUUGCGGUGUCUUUCUUUCCUGUCUGUUCAAUCCAUUCAUCCUGCGUUGUUCUUUCUUCAUGACCCUCUAGCAUUCCGAGUAGGGCCUCGCUCAACCUCCCCCGAACUCAGCCGCCUAUUCUAUUCUUCUUCCCCCCCCCCGCCUUGUCUAACCUAGUCCUGACUGAUAGUUGCCUCUCUUUCUUCCCUCGGCCAAUCCCUGAAUUCGUUUACCUUCCCCCCCCCCUCCCCCCUUUUUUCUUUUCUUUUCUUUUAAACCUCGAUAAACUUGGAUCUGUCUGACUCGCGGUCCUCCCCGGGGUGUCAUUUCCGUCCUCCCUCAAGAUCCCUCUGGUCGGGAUGACGCAGCUUUUCGCUUCCAGCCAGUCCCCUGUGACAAACGAGAAACAUAAGAAUCUCCCCGGUCUGUCCAUGCCUACCAAGAAGCAUUCCAACGAUUCGAGCCACUUCCCGACCAAGAUCAAGAACUUUUUCCGCAUCAACAACUCGGGUAACACUUCAUCCCAAUCCAGUCACCACAACCCCUCCGAACGGGAUAGUAGUCCAGCCUUUGGUUCGAAGAAUGAGUCCAAAUCCGCCUUCAGGCAGUCUCGCUUUCUGCCUAUCAUUGGUCGCAAUCGCUCAACCACGGUCGCCAGCGAGGGAAACCCGUUAGACGAGGGAAUCUCGCCUACCGCGACCGCCAACCCAUACUUUGUCCACCAGGGACAACCUUCACUCCAACAUCGCAAUGAGGGCUCCGUGCCCUCCUCCCCUCCUGAUACCCCCGAGUUGCAGGUUGAUGGUGUCUCGGCUGCGGAGCAGGCCACCACAGCCAAUAAGGAAGAGCUGGCUCGGAAACUUCGGCGUGUCGCCUCAGCCCCGAAUGCUCAGGGAUUAUUCAACCGUGGUGGGCCGGGGGACCGUCCCCAGACUGCAGAGCUAGGCAAGGAACCGCUGGUGCAAUCGGGGGCUACUGGCUCUCAGAUUAGCUUGGUAGACCCGACCGCUCUCAAAGAAGAGAAUCUGGUGGUGCCACAGGUGGGCCCCGGUAGCAAGAUCCCUAGCCCUGGCCAGAUCCGCACCGCGAGCGCUGGCUUCCGUCGGACGUAUAGCUCGAAUUCAAUCAAGGUGCGCAAUGUGGAGGUUGGACCAGCUAGCUUUGAUAAGAUCAAGCUUAUUGGUAAGGGUGAUGUGGGCAAGGUUUAUCUGGUCCGAGAAAAGAAAUCGAGUCGUUUAUAUGCUAUGAAAGUUCUGAGUAAGAAGGAAAUGAUCAAGCGCAACAAGAUCAAGAGGGCAUUGGCCGAGCAGGAAAUCUUGGCUACAAGCAACCAUCCGUUCAUUGUCACACUGUAUCAUUCUUUCCAGUCCGAAGACUAUCUCUACUUGUGCAUGGAAUAUUGCAGUGGGGGUGAAUUCUUUCGAGCGCUUCAAACUCGCCCGGGUAAAUGCAUCUCCGAAGAUGCCGCUCGGUUUUAUGCAGCAGAGGUUACUGCAGCUCUCGAGUACUUGCACCUGAUGGGAUUUAUUUACCGUGAUUUGAAACCAGAGAAUAUUCUCCUCCACCAGUCCGGACACAUCAUGCUUUCGGAUUUCGAUCUCUCCAAACAAUCGGGACCCGGCGGUGCACCGACAAUGAUUCUUGCGCGAAACGGCAACUCUACGACGUCUCUGCCUACCAUUGAUACGAAAUCGUGUAUUGCGGAUUUCAGAACCAAUUCCUUUGUUGGCACCGAAGAGUACAUCGCCCCAGAAGUGAUCAAGGGCUGCGGGCAUACGAGCGCAGUCGACUGGUGGACGCUGGGAAUUUUAAUCUACGAGAUGCUGUAUGGAACGACCCCGUUCAAGGGCAAAAAUCGCAAUGCCACAUUCGGAAACAUCCUUCGUGAUGAGGUGCAAUUUCCUGAACAAGGUGGUGCACAGCCAAUCUCCAACAUGUGCAAGUCAUUGAUCCGCAAGUUACUGAUCAAAGACGAGACGAAACGUCUCGGAGCUCGGGCUGGCGCGUCGGAUGUUAAAACUCAUCCGUUCUUCCGCCAAACCCAAUGGGCUCUUAUCCGCCACAUGAAACCCCCGAUGAUUCCUCACCAAAGUCGGGGAACAGAAACGAUCAACUUCCGCAACGUCAAAGAAAGCGCGAGCGUCGAUAUUGGCGAGAAGAAUUCCUCCAAGAUGAAGGGUGUCCCUAUGGAUUCCGGCCUUGCCACGCCCAACGGCGAAAUUGCGGACCCCUUCGAAGAGUUCAACAGCGUCACCCUCCAUCACGAUGGUGACUUUUAACUCGAUCCGUUACGAUACCGAUGCCCAACCCGUCCUCUCUCUAUGUGAUAGAUGAAACUCGUCGAGCGUGCCCCUGUAUUGCUAGGACCAUUUCACGACCAUGAUGCAUAACAGAAUCUGUACUUGGAAAGUUCACAAUUUCCUCUCAGCUAUUACCUGGAGUCCGGGGCGUUUAGAAUAUUGUUUUAAAGGGGGAUUUAUGUCCCCGUAUGUGCUGGUUCCUUAUUUGGGGGGUUUUUUUUUUUCCCUCUUUUUUCCUCUUUUUUUUUUCGGGUGGUAUCGAUAUGUAUCGAUCCUCGACCCCUUUGCAUGGGUUCCUUUCGGUUCUGUUCGUUCAUCCACGGGAUGACAAGGUGGUUCUUCGGC